AUGGCCCUUCUACCCCCUCCGAACAACUGGCUAAUUCAGGUCGAUUCUAGCCAGGAAGCCAGGGCUAUCCUCAACGAAUUCGCCGCCCAGCAGGGCUACGCUAUUACCGUCAAAAAUUCAAAUGCUUACUCCGCCUACCUGAAGUGCGAUCGUAGCGGCCAGCCGCGGAGAUCUAUCAACCCUACUACUACUACCAAUCGGGCCUCUCGCCGCUGUGGCUGCCAAUUCUCUGCCUAUCUCUCGAAGGUCACAGGGGGGUGGCUCUUUACCGUAAGGGAGGGCUCCCAUACUGGCCAUGUAGGGUCAGAACCAGCUACACACCCUAUCCACCGCCGCCGCCAGUUAGCUGAUCUCAAAGAGCGUGUGCUCCAGCUAUAUAUGUUACGUCAUUCGAAUCUCGAGGUCAUGAAUAUCCUACGCGCUGAAGGAGCUUAUGGGGAGCAUCAACCUGACGAAGAAGACCCAUACAAAGCCCGAAUUCGCCUCGAUGCAAGAGACCUCGCGAACCUCCGUUACCGCGCCCGCAAGCGAUUUCUUAUGGGCCGCUUUCCUAUCUAG